AUGAAGAUCGCUUCCGCUUUAGUGUCUCUGAUCGUCUUCCUCAGCUCGCUCCACCUCUGCCGUUCGAUCGAGGACGACCUCGCCUGCCUCGCCGGAGUCAAGAGCUCGCUCGCCGACCCCGGCGGCCGCCUCAGCCAAUGGAACCUCGCCAACAACUCCGUCGCGUCAAUCUGCAAGCUCGUCGGAGUUUCGUGCUGGAACGAGAAGGAGAAUCGCCUCCUCAGCCUCCAGCUGCCGUCGAUGAGCCUCGCCGGCGAGCUACCGGAGUCUCUCAAGUACUGUCAUAGUCUCCAAACCCUAGAUCUCUCAGGGAAUGCUCUCUCCGGUUCGGUGCCGCCGCAAAUCUGCGACUGGCUGCCGUAUCUUGUGACUCUAGAUCUCUCUAAUAACCGUCUCUCCGGCUCCAUUCCGCCGGAGAUUGUCAACUGUAAGUUCUUGAAUACUCUGUUAUUGAAUGAUAAUGGUUUUUCCGGUUCGAUUCCGUAUGAGCUGGGGAGGCUGGACCGGUUGAAGAAAUUUUCAGUUUCUAAUAAUGGACUUUCCGGCACUAUCCCGCCGGAUUUGUCCAAAUUCGAAAAGGAUGAUUUUGAAGGGAACGGUAAGCUUUGUGGGAAGCCGCUUGGGUCUAAAUGCGGUGGCCUGAGCAGCAAAAGCCUCGGUAUUAUAAUCGCCGCCGGGGCUAUUGGUGCGGCGGGGUCUCUGAUUUUGGGGCUUGGGAUUUGGUGGUGGUUCUUUGUUAGGGGAAGUAAGAAAAAGCAAAGCUUUGGUGGUGUUGGUGAGAAAGGUGAGAGUAGGUGGGUUGGGUUAUUGAAGUCUCACAAGCUUGUUCAAGUGUCUCUGUUUCAGAAACCGAUUGUGAAAGUCCGGUUAGCUGAUUUGCUGGUGGCUACGAGUAAUUUUGAUUCUCAAAACAUUGUCAUUUCGGGUAGGACAGGGGUUUCAUACAAGGCGGUGUUGCCUGAUGGGUCUGCAUUGGCAAUCAAGCGGCUUAGUGGGUGUAAGCUCGGAGAGAAGCAGUUUAAGUUGGAGAUAAAUAGGUUGGGGCAGCUUAGGCAUCCUAAUUUGGUGCCUUUGUUGGGGUUCUGUGUUGUGGAGGAAGAGAAGCUUUUGGUGUAUAAGCACAUGUAUAAUGGCACAUUGUACUCUCAGUUACAUGGUAGUGGUAAUGUGAGUAGUCAGUAUGGUUUUUUGGAUUGGUUGACACGGUUGAGGAUCGGUGUAGGAGCAGCCAGAGGACUUGCUUGGCUUCACCAUGCUUGCCAGCCGCCGCAGAUGCACCAGAACAUUAGCUCGAAUGUGAUUCUUCUUGAUUAUGAUUUUGAGGCUCGGAUAACGGAUUUUGGGUUGGCGAGGCUGGUGGGUUCUCGUGAUUCAAAUGAUAGCUCGUUUGUGAAUGGGGAGUUGGGAGAGAUUGGUUAUGUUGCUCCAGAAUACUCGAGCACCAUGGUAGCAUCGUUAAAAGGGGAUGUUUAUGGAUUCGGGGUAGUUCUUUUGGAAUUGAUUACCGGACAGAAACCUUUAGAAAUCAGUAAUGUAGUGGAGGGGUUCAAGGGCAAUUUGGUGGAUUGGGUCUCUCACUUAUCAAACACUGGUCGAAGCGUUGAUGCCAUAGACAAUGUCUUAGCAGGGAAAGGUCAUGAUGAUGAAAUUUUACAGUUCAUGAAGGUGGCUUGCAGUUGUGUGGUUGCUAGGCCAAAAGAUAGGCCUUCUAUGCAUCAGGUUUACGAGUUAUUGAAGAGCUUGGCUGAUAAACACGGUUUCUCUGAACAGUACGAUGAAUUUCCAUUGAUGUUGGGCAAACAGGUUCCUGAAUCUUGAUUCUAAUUAAGAAUUUUAGGCUGGAAAGUGUUGAAUGUACAAGAUACCACUGCAGCAUCUGGGCACGUCUCAUUUUAUACUUGCAAAGAGGCAUUUUCUGCAAUUGGUAUUGUUUUUUGAGCAUGAUUUCUCUGUUGUAAUGCUCAGCUAUUGAAUCUUUCUGUAUUAUAAAGAAGCAUGUAAUUUUCACGUAAUCCAAAAUGAAAUCUCUGUUUUUUUUUUUUGAUUGAAUGACAUCUCUGUUUUCUUGCC